AUGACCACCUCGGCCGACUCUGUUGCCCCUCCAUCACCCUGGCUCACCUACGACGUGUGGCAGUACUUCCCCAUCUCGCCGCUCGAGUACAUGCUCGUCACAAGUCGCCUGGCCGCCACCAUCAUCCCGCCCUUUCCGGUCUCUCGCUCGAUUCGCUCGUUCGUUCCAUCGCUCCGUUCAGCUUCUCUUGCUCCCUUCGCCCGCUACACCUCUAGCAGGACCCUCUGCCACAGUCACCUUUCUCCAAGCACAUCUCCCACAUCUCUCAUUGCCUACACUCCGCGUCGCAACCUCUUCACCGCCUCCAGCGUACGACUCGCCAACAUGACCUGGACUGCUCCGGACCCUACCUCGGUCGGCGCCCCCGCCCCGCGAGUGCCCGAGGACAACCACACUCACGCAAAGGUCGCCCAGUACAAGCCCGUACACCUCCACCUCGACUGGGACAUCGACUGGGACGCACGCAUCAUCUCCGGUCGCGUCUCGCACGACAUCGAGCUCAUCCAGCCCGGCCUCGACUCCAUCACCCUCGACGCCAGCUACCUCAAGAUCAACUCGGUCUCCGUACAGGGCGCCAAGGUCGACUACUCGCUCGGCACACAGCGCGGCACCCUCGGCGCUCCUCUCCACAUCCCCAUCCCCGCCACCGCCAACAAGAAGGGCGACAGGCUGCACGUCGAGAUCGACUACGCCACCACCGAGCACUGCACCGCUCUCGGUUGGCUCACCAAGCAGCAGACCGCCGGCAAGACCAACCCUUUCCUCUAUUCGCAGUGCCAGGCCAUCCACUGCCGCUCCCUCGUCCCCUGCAUCGACUCGCCCUCGCACAAGAUCACCUACACCGCCACCGUGCACUCGCGCAUCCCCGUGCUCAUGUCCGCGCUCAAGGACGACGACAAGCCGAGCCAGAACGGCACCUAUCAUUUCAAGCAGCCUGUCGGCAUCCCCUCGUACCUCAUCGCCAUCGUCGGCGGCGAUCUCGAGUUCCGCAAGCUCGGCGAGCGCACCGGCAUCUGGGCCGAGCCCCCCAACGCCGACGCCGUCCAGUGGGAGUUCGAGGCGGACGCAGAGCGAUUCCUCGAGCACGCCGAGAAGGUCAUCUCGCCCUACUCGUGGACGCGAUACGACUCGGUCGUGCUGCCGCCUUCCUUCCCCUAUGGCGGUAUGGAGAACGCCAACCUCACCACGCUCACGCCUUCGCUCGUGUGCGGCGACCGCAGCCUGACCGACGUGCUGCUGCACGAGCUGUGCCACUCGUGGUCCGGCAACCUCACCUCGUGCGCCAACUGGACCCACUUCUGGCUCAACGAAGGCUGGACCGUCUAUCUCGAGCGUCUGCUGCUCCAGGACGUGCACGGCGCCAAGGAGGGCCCUGCCCACCGCGGCUUCUCGUACAUCAUCGGAUCCAAGGCGCUCAAGGAUGCGCUCGCGCAGUUUGCCGACAACCCGCGCUUCCAGCGCCUCAUCCCCGCCUUCAAGGACGGCGAGGACCCGGACGACGCCUUCAGCUCCAUCCCCUACGAGAAGGGCUCCAACUUCCUCCUCUACCUCGAGCGCACCGUCGGCGGGCUCGACAACUUCCUCCCGUACGCAAAGAGCUACUUCCACGCCUUCUACAAUCGCUCCGUCACCACGCACGAGUGGCGCGAGCAUCUGUUCAAGUUCUUCGAGUCCAACCCCGAUGUCACCGCCGCGCUCAACAAGGUCGACUGGGACGCAUGGCUGCAUGGCGAGGGCAUGGAGCUGCCCGUCAAGAUGGAGUACGACACCACGCUGGCCGAGCAGGCCUUCUCGCUCGCCGAUCGCUGGAUCAAGUUCGUCGACGGCUCUGCGGGCGAGAAGGCGCACUUUAGCCUCGACGACAUCAAGGGCUGGAACGCCAACCAGGUGGUAGUCUUCCUCGAGCGUCUUCACUCCGGUCCCAAGGUGCCGCUCGCCGUGACGCAGAAGCUGGACGAGGUGUACGGCUUCAGCAAGGCGACCAACGGCGAGGUGCUGCUGCGCUUCUUCGAGGUGGCCCUCGAGGUGGAGGGUGGCAAGUAUGCACAGCAGGCCGCAGAGUGGGUCAAGGGCCAGGGCAGGAUGAAGUUCUGCAGGACCGUCUACCGCGCGCUCAACAAGGUCGAACCGCAGCUGGCCAAGAAGACGUUUACGGACAACAGGAGCUUCUACCACCCCAUUGCGGCGGCUCAGAUUGAAAAGGAUUUGGGUCUGGCUGGCGCGGUGCGGAUGGAGGGGGAGGUGGUGACGGUGUUCGGAAGUACGGGGACGGGUAAGACCAAGCUAUCUGUCGAGCUGGCGGUUGCAUUGCAAGCGCAGGCAGGACGGUUCGGUGCAUACACGAGUGGCGAGGUGAUUUCGUGCGACAGCAUGCAGAUCUACAAAGGCCUCGACAUCAUCACGAACAAGGCGACGCCGUCCGAGAUGCAGGACAUCCCACACCACCUCAUCGGCUUCCUCGACCCAGCGGCGACGGAGGGGGAGAGCUACGACGUGACGCGGUUUGUGGCGGACACCAACCGGAUCGUAUCGAAGCUGCGUGCGGAGGCUAAACUGCCCAUCAUCUGCGGAGGCACAACGUACUAUCUCCAGCACCUGCUCUUCCCAGGUCGACUGGUUAGCACUCCCAACGCGGCUGCCGGGGUUGAUCUGGAGCAGAACGAGACGUACCGCGGUCUUGGCAGUGAGGAGCGCGAGCUGCUGCACCAGGUCUCGCCGGAAAAUGAGGCCAAAGUGGAUCUUGCAACGCGUGCGACGCAGGACGGCGAGUUGGGGAUGAAGCUCUGGCAGCUUCUGCAGCGCGUCGAUCCGGCUAUGGCGCAGCGAUGGCACUACCGCGAUGCACGCAAGAUCGCCAACUCGCUGCGCGUGUACAAGGAAACCGGCAUCCCUCACUCGCAGUGGAUCGCUCAACAGGACUCCUCCCCCAUCGCCCCUGUCGAAGGCGUGAGUGGCUAUCGCAAGCUGCUAUUCUGGCUAUGGUGUGAUCCACCCGUUCUUCGAGACCGACUCGAUACUCGGGUGGAUGAGAUGGUCACACGCGGGUUGGAGGCCGAAGUCCGCCAGAUGCAUGCUAUCGCCCAAACGCUCACGCACACCUACACCAGCGGUAUCUUUCAGACUAUCGGAUACCGGCAGUUUGCCGAGUACCUCGAUCGACUCGACACGCUCGCUACGAGUGCGGCGAAAGCGGCUGCGUUUGUCGAGGCGGUCGAGGGCACCAAGACGGCGACACGACAGUAUGCCAAGUCGCAACUCAAGUGGGUGCAAAAUAAGCUGGUCCCCGAAGUGCGUCGUGCCCAGGCGGCAAUCGCUCACGGCGACGUCGAGCUGUACCUUCUCGACGCCACUAACCCUGCGGACUGGGACGAUAAGGUUCGCACACCGGCACUGGAUAUCCUUGCGCGUUUCCUAAACCGCGAAACACUGCCAGAUCCUGCCGGCGUGUCCAACCCCCAAGCUGCCGAACAGUACUUGUUGGCAGGGCGAACUGCCAACCAAGCACUCACCAAACUCGGCGCGGAUGAAAGCGCACCAGAGGGGAUGCAGACCAUCCAGGCUAACCGACUGUACACCUGCGACGUGUGCACGUGGGACCCCACCCAACCCGUCCUCGUCCGAUACGUCGACAGGGAUACGCAUCGAAAGGGCAGAGUGCAUCGGAACAAUGUCAAGCGCCGUACGCCCGACGAGGAAAAACAGAGGAGGAACGAGGAAAAGAUCCGCCAGGGUAAGCAGAAGGCUGCUCUGCGCAGACCAGUCCAUCCCGAUCCCGACUCGCAGGAGUAA